UAGUAGAGAGAGAUUUUGGUAUAAAUACCAGUUAUUUUUCAGUGAAAUUCUAUUCUGGAUUUGACUCCACCAUGAAACUCCUCCUGAUCUGUGUGCUCCUCGGAGCAGCUGCUGCCUUUGAGGAUGAUGACGAUAAGAUUGUUGGAGGAUACACCUGCACCAAGAACUCCGUCCCAUACAUUGUGUCCCUGAACUCCGGCUACCAUUUCUGCGGAGGGUCCCUGAUCGCCAGCCAGUGGGUCGUCUCUGCCGCUCAUUGCUACAAAUCAAGCGUCCAGGUCAGACUUGGAGAACACAACAUCGCUGUGAGUGAGGGCACCGAGCAGUUCAUCAACUCCGUCAAGGUCAUCAGACACUCUGGAUACAACUCCAGAACCCUGGACAACGACAUCAUGUUGAUCAAGCUUGCCUCCCCCGCCACCCUGAACUCCUACGUGAAGACCGUGGCUCUGCCCUCCGGCUGCGCCGCCGCUGGAACCAGCUGCCUGAUCUCCGGCUGGGGCAACACUCUCAGCAGUGGCACCAACUACCCAGACCUCCUCCAGUGCCUGAACGCCCCCAUCCUGACUUCCUCCCAGUGCAGCAAUGCCUACCCCGGAGAGAUCACCGCCAACAUGAUCUGCGUUGGUUACAUUGAGGGAGGCAAGGACUCCUGCCAGGGUGACUCUGGUGGCCCCGUGGUCUGCAACGGACAGCUCCAGGGUGUUGUCUCCUGGGGAUACGGUUGCGCCCUGAGGAACUACCCCGGCGUGUACACCAAGGUCUGCAACUACAACUCCUGGAUCCAGAACACCAUCUCUGCUAACUAAAUGUUUUAAUAUGAAAAUAUACACUUUCUUUUCAUUCUUAAAACUUCUCUCGGAUACUCUAUUUCUUUUUCUUCUUCUUCACCAAACUUCUUGGGCAGUACAUUGUAUCUCGUAAUGUCCAAAUAAAGUAUUGAAUGGAA